AUGUCAUCCAUCAAUAUUACAACCCUGCCGCGGAUUAAUCGUGAUGCCCUAGCCGCAACCCUGCAAGCUGGUACCACCCCCGCUAAGUUGGCGAUUAUUGAUGUUCGCGAUUCAGAUCAUAUUGGUGGCCACAUUAGUGUAUCUACUUGGGUACCCAGCUCCUCCCUUGAUGUCCGGAUGCCAGAGCUCGUGCGGACCCUGAAAGACACCGAGAAGGUCGUCUUCCACUGUGCUCUUAGCCAACAACGCGGUCCUUCGGCUGCCUUACAAUAUGCGCGAGAGCGUGAGCGUACUUUUGGUGCAGAUGAGGGCCGUAAGCAAGAGGUCUGCAUCCUUGAAGGUGGCUUCGUGAAAUGGCAAGAAAAAUAUGGCAAGGACGACGCUUUGACUUUGGCCUAUGUCGAAGAUAUCUGGCAAGAGUACUAA